AUGUUGACGAUUCGGACGCCUUCCUUGCGGUAUACGUUCGGCAACGCCGCGCCAUGUUUGCGGAACACCCAGCGGCGAUGGGCCCAGGUCCACGAUGUUCGGUUUCUCGUAACGCACAAUCAAGGCCAGAGGGUCGCCGAGAGAUACCAGCAAAAGCUCCAACAGCGAGCCAAACAAGAAGGCUACAGGGACGUGGAAGAGCUGAAGCAAUCCUACCAAGAGAAGAUUGAAGCACAACGCAAGAAGGCACUCCAGACAAACCCACGGCCAUCACCAUCGUCAACCGCAUCCCCUCAGCCGACGCAAUCAUCCUCUUCACCAUAUCCCGCACCACCUUCUCCGCCACAGCCUACCACUACGGCCAGCGCCCCACCGCCACCUCCUGGCAUCAAAACACUCUCCUCCUACAUCGACAUCCCUAAGACCCGCGAGCUGCCUCAAAAAGAAAUAGAAUACAUCUGGCGGCUCCGACACGCCAACGACACACAGUCCCUUUGCGCUGUGAUCCCCUCCUCCACAUACGCCCGUAUCGAAUCCACCGCCCGCCAGCACCCACGCUUCAUCCUCCCCCUCCCGCGAGCCGACGACAAAGGCGAGCAAGGGGCGGAAAUUCAUUUCUUGCAAUGGACAUUCCCUACACCCACGACAGCGACGGUGCUAUUCACACAUCUGGCAGAGUAUAAAAUGAGAGGCGAAUUUGCCCAGCCGCAUACGACGGUGACACAUCACACAGACUUACGGGAAGAGAAAGAGCUGGUGCUUCUGGAGGGCAAGGUGGUGCCGGAUCGGGGAAUCAGUGUUGAUGAAGGAAAGUGGCUGUUGAUGUGUUUGCAGAAAUUCUAUGGGGGGACGGGGGAAAAGCCCGAGAGAAAAAGUCUUCUGGAAAAGUUCAGUGGGGGCGAUGGGGGAUUUAGGGUGGAGGAUCUACUGGAGGAGACCGAGAAGAUUGUGUAA